AUGGCCAACACCACUGUUCGCGGCGCAGAGGCCAUCCACGGCCAGAACCCGCAGUUCUUAGUCGAGACUGUAAUUCGAAACCGCAUCUAUGAGUCGCCUUAUUGGAAGGAACAUUGCUUCGCUCUAACAGCGGAGUCUCUCAUCGACAGGGCCAUAGAGCUGAAGUGCAUCGGCGGGUUUUCUCUGCCUUCUCUGAAGCUACUGCAAAUUCAGCCGGAGAAGGAGAUCCUGUUAGAGUAUCUUCAAGCCGAUGAGUUCAAAUACUUGCGGGCAUUGGCGACCAUGUAUAUCCGCAUGACCUUCAGAUCGGUCGAGGUAUAUGAGAUCCUUGAGCCAUUACUCAAGGAUACCGGAAAUUGCGAUAUCUUCGUGGACAAUCUCCUCGUAGAUGACAGGGUGUGUGAUAUCAUCCUGCCACGUCUCACAAAGCGAGAUGCCUCGAAGACAACGGGAAUUGGGCUCCGGUUAUCGUUCCCGUACCCAUCGAGGUCGAGGUCGGGAUCAAGGACACCUUACCGUUCUCGUAGUCGCAGCAUUUCGCCUGACCGCCUCAAUGGCGGUAGUCCGCGCUACCGUUCACGUAGUCGUAGUAUCUCUCCGGAUAGAAUGUUGACGUGA